AUGGCGGCAUACUACGAGAAUUCGCAAUCGCAAUGGCCUCCCGCUCCUCCUCCUCAGGUCGGUGGCGGCUGGGAUCACCAGACCCCUCCUCCCGCGCGGUCCGGUGCUAGUUCGGUCAUCCCCCGCGAGGAGCCUGCGGCGUUUUCCCACCAGCUCGAGGAGGUUGACCGUGCCAUCGACAACCUGCUCAAGAGCGGGAAGAUGUAUGGAGCGCCUGGCGUGGGUGGUCGUCGUGAGUUUGUUCCUCCUAACAUGAUUGCUGCACCCAGGAGAUACCCAGGCUUCGAUCCCCGUGCUCCCGGCGGUGGCCCCGGAUCCCGUCCCCACUCCGUGGCCGACUUUGGUGAUGUCCGCGGCGGUCCUCCUCACCAGAACCCGACCAACCUGCAGAACUUCUACGCAUCGCAGCGGCACCAGACCUCGCGCGGCUCGAACGAGGCGGAGCAGAUGAUGCAGGCCAAGAGGAGAAUGGCUGCUCAGCGGGAGCGUGAGCUUCGUAAUUACCAUCAGGAGCAGCAAUACAACCGGACUGCCAUCGUCGAUCCUGCUGGGUUUAACAAGCCCGACCGCACCUUGAGCCCAAACAGCCUGCCCGAGGAAGAGCGCCGGAAGCUUAUUGCUCAACAACGCCAGGCACUGUACGGCGAGGGUGAAUUUUCUGGUGGCCCGCCUCCUCCCCAGGCUCGCGGCUUCUAUGGCGGGGGUCCCAUGUAUGAUUCCGGCCGUGCUUCUUUGGGCCAGAUUGAUCCCAGCGCCCAGGGUCCUUUGGAGGGCGGACAGGGACUUGCAUCUGCCGGAGGCAACGACCAGGCACGCGCCAACAGCAACUCGAGCCCUCAGUCGAACCCCGGCGGUGGAGGAAAGGGUAUGUACGACGCCCCUCUGGCUCAGCAAACGACUCGCACCAGCGCUUCUUCUCCUGGAGGGUCCCCGCCUCGCCAGGCCUCUCAGGGCGGCAAGCCCGGCCAGGGGUCUGUUGCUCCCAUUGGGACUCGCCCUUCGGUGAGCGGCGGAUCGCCGUCGAACCCGACUUUGAACAAACGGUCGACGACUCCGUUGCCUUCGCCUUUGAGCCAAGGUUACAGUGUUGGGGGUGCUGAGGAUAACGGGGCGGCCCUUGCUCCUGCCUCGGCCACGGCUGAGACUGCUGGGAAUGUUGGGCUGGGCGGCUGGGGUGGCGGUCGUGGUGGUUGGGGCAAUAGCAAGCCCCAGGCUAGCGUCUGGGGUUAAUCAGGUGGUGGAAGAUUUUUUUCCAUACAAACUGCCCUGCAACCAACACAACAUUUAGGUUUUUCUGAUGGAGUCAGUCUAGGCGGGGAUUUUUGUGCAGCUAUACACGCACAGCAACAACAACAACAACAAUAACAACUACAACAACAAUAACACAGGACGGCGGAUUGGGGGUACGAUCAUGAGGCGCUUUCUCGCUGGUCAAAUGGGUUUUAAAAAAGGUGGAGAUCAAGACAUUUGGUGUUUUAUGGUUCUUGGCGUGGGGCAAUUGGGCAUUGUUAUAUGGGAAUCUGGCGGGAGGCGUGUCAAGUGUUACUUUUGGGUUGCACAGCAAACAUCAAGGGGGGAUGGAUGAUGGAUGGGUUUGGUGGAAGGCUGAUUGUGGGGUUUUGAAGGUGGGGGAAAACAAAAAAGAGGAGGAAAUUGGGAUUUUUGUUUUUGUUUUGUUUUGUUCUGUUUUCUGCAUUGGUGGUGUGUUGGUGGUUGGUUGGGGUUUUGGUGGGCUCUUAUUCACUUUUUUUUUUACACUGAGGCGUCUUUGUGUGCUACUCUUGUUGUUACCUUUUGCUCAUGGUGUUUUCGAGAGGGGGAGGGAGGGGGGGGUGGGUAGGUAUUUAGAAGGGUGGUAAGAGGAGGAAGGAACAAGAACAAAUGCACAUGGGGGGAUUGGGGAUUGGUGGAGGUUAAGGCGGUGGUGUUAUUCUUGGGAUUUGUUUUUCCUAGUCCUGAGGGAAAGUGGGGGGUUAUUACAUCUUUUAUUUUUGCUUUUGCAUGGAGGGAAAAGACAUGCCUGAGGGGAAAAAAAAACUUAGCUACUUUGUUAUCAUCAUAGUUGGCUUUGAGAGAAUUGCAAGCGGGUUUGUUUUUGAGUGUGGCUUUUGGUGUUGUUUGUGGUGAGAUUGUGUGGAGGAGGUUGAAGGGAUAGUGGGCAGUGAGUGGUGGAGGGUGAGAAAAGGGUGGAUGGUGUAUAUUUGGCAUGGUGGCUAAUAGGCAAGGAGAUGGAGAUAUCUGGGUGGGAUGUCGGGAUUCGGGGACACUGGUGGAUUGUUUUUUGGUGAAUUCUUUCAGGGUCGGGUCUCAAGGUUUGAGGGAGUAGGACAUGUGUUUUUCCCCGGGCCUUUUGGGUGUUGGAUGGGGGGCGAAGAGAAGGAAACAACAUACAUUUCUGGGGUUGGUCGUGCGGGGUUAUUAUUGCUUUUAAUAUUUGAGGGAUUGGAGGGUUGAGAGUUGCGAUUAUGCAUCUGGCAAAUUAUCACCAUGGGGUUUUUUUUCACACUGACAGCAUCACUUUGGGGGCUGGAAGGGAUUCCAUUUUUUUAUUUACUACAAGCUACCUUUGUACUUUCCACACACCUAAUAAUAUGCAAUUUUUUUGGUUGGUUGUCAACUUGAUUCAGU